AUGCCUUGGCGAUUGUUAGGGGUGCGAAGAGCAGCCUCGCUUGAGCUGGCAGAGGGGGGACAUCCAGAAUGGCUCCUUUUGCGUGGAGGCAGCAGGGAGGUGGCAGUGAUGCCAGUGCUGCGCCGAGAGGGGGGCCUCUUACUGGCUAUGGCGGUGGAAGCCCUCACGGAGCAGGAGCGCGCAGACCAGAAGAUGGAGGGGCUCACAGACGACCUGGGCCCAACCAAGAUUGUUGCAGUGGAUGGCUUGCCAGAGGACGAGGAAGAGGAGCCGGGCGAUGUGGCAAUGGUGUUGGUGGACUGGCCUCAGAGUUUGUACAAGUUUUUGCGAACAGCCGGCGGGGCCGAGCCGGCCUGGCCAGAAGCAACCAUUUGGCCUCAGUACGAGGACAACCCUGUUUGCCACAUCAACACGGAUCAGCUUGGGCUCCUGGCACGCGAGUGGGUACAGACGCAGGAGUCCGCUUUGUCCGAGUCCUACGCCACGGCGGUGGAACCGUCGCCGGCACCUGUGAGGUCAACAGGACAGAAGGACACGUUGCAGCAAUUGCUGCAAACAGUGACUGCGCUGCAAGCCGACUUGGCAGACCUGAAGGCUGGAAGGGAUCUGGGGGCAGCGCCAAGCGGAGCAUUGUCGAGCGGGCAGCCGUCUGGGGCGCUGGCCAAGGCUCAGGCGCUGGUUGGCCCACCUCCCCGAUCUGCAGCGCUCCCCAGACCUGCAGUUGGCGCACCCCUCCUGGACUGUGGCGUCCCCGCGGCCGCAGGAACCGGCCUACGCGUCGAGGACGUCGAGGAGGAGGCCGAAGCCGAACCCACUACGGACAGUUUGCUGCGGACAGCUUUGGUGAGUCUGUUGAGCCAGCAGAGCAAGAAGAAGAAGUCCAAAGCUCCGGGCUUGCCUCUGCAGGCCAUGUCGGAUUCCGAAGGGGAGGAGGAGAGCGACCCCCUGAGGAAGUUGACUGGAGCACGUGGCACAAUGUUGGCAGAGAAGUUGCGUAUGGCUAUGGAAGCCGAUCCGCGAGCUUACAUUGCCAGCAUCGAGACCAAUGCCGCCCACCUGCUAGGAGAACAGCAGGCCACGGGCUCCACUAUGGAAAGGUAUGCCAAGGAACAACUCCCCUUGGGCUCCGAGAGGAGCUUAGGCUACAUGACAUGGGCCAUUGCCAGAUGCCUCACGCUGCUCAAGGCCGGGGAGAGCGACAAGUGUCACCUGCUGCUACUGCUGCUCAUGGCUGCCGUGGAGCAGUACAAGUUGGACAGCAAUUGGGUGGCAGCGUGGCGAAUAACCCAACUCACUCAGCCUCCGUUUGCCGAGUGGAAGAGCCGCGAGUUUGCCCUGCCGCAGCUGCGACAGGACCAUGCGCACUCGCGACUGAUCCACCCUACUUGGGCCGCGGCCAUCAUUGCAAGGCUCAAGGACGAAGAGACACUCCUCAAGAGGCGCAGUGUCGGAGAGGAUUGGAAUCGAGGAUGGCCCAAUCGUCCCAAUCCACGCGGUCGAGGUGAUAGUGGCCUGCUGAGCAUGGACUGCACCAAGCUUGCGGCGCUCGUCCUCGUUACUGCUCAGGGCCGACACCAGCGCCUGGAGGGCGCUAUGUCCACGAAAGCAGCGGCCUACCCUCCGCAGCUCUGUGUGGAGUUUGCGCGCAUUUCCGUUGAGCUUGCAAACACCCGAAUGCCUUCCGAGACGCCGGGCGACCCCUGCAUGGCUGAGCGUCCACGGAAGCACGAGCAUGGUCUAGGUGACCACCGGAUCUCACAGAGGUUUGUAAGUCAUCUUUGGUCCACUCAUUUGGCUGAAGCGCUACCUUGGAAGGUCAUCCGUGCAUACAGGUUCAAGCGUCCAAACCACAUUAAUGUUCUGGAAAGCCAUGCCCACAUGACUUUAAUGCGAGUUGCACCGAUGGAUUGUCGACUGGUGGUGUGUCAAGAUUCUAUGGUCACCUUAGGUGCUAAUGCCAAGGGGCGUAGCUCUAGCUUGGCCCUGAAUAACAUUAUGCGUAGAUCUUUAGCCUACCAGCUAGCCAAGAACUUGUAUCCAGUUGGGGUGCAUUGCCCAACUUGGGCCCUGCGAGCUGAUGAUCCAUCACGCGAGGAAAUCUUGCAGAAGCCCAAGAUGAGUUGGACAGGGCUUCAGACACCGCCAGGUCGUUGGGACGUUGGCUGCUGUUCGCGAGCGCUGCUCUUUUGGCUAGUAGUGGCAACUACAGGACGGUUGGUGCAUGGGCCAAGACCUCCCAAUGCCCCACGGAACCGUCUAGAGCUCGAGAGGGGCGCAGUGACGCAGAAAACAGCUGUCCUCAGACAAGGCCUGCUCCUGCAGUUUCAACAAUGGUUGGAGGAACAGAAUCCCGAGGGGAUGCCUCUUGCAGAGCUGGCUGCUCAGCAGCCCAUCCAGCUAUCACUCCAGCUGGAGGAAUACGGCAAGCACCUCUACGAGUCAGGAGGGACAAAACGGACCUUUGCCGAAACCAUCAAUUGCGUAGUCCAGAGAUACCCCUUCCUGCGCGCCAUGAUGGCAGGACCGUGGCGACUUUUGACAACUUGGGAGACACUCUGGCCUGGCAAAGUGCAUCCGCCGAUGCCCCUGCCAUUGUUGAAAAGUUUGGUCUCGACCUCCCUGGCUUGGAACUGGCCGCGCUUCGCGGCGCUCCUCUUGAUCGGCUUCUACGCCUUGUUGAGGCCCUGCGAGUUCUUGGCCCUCAAGGUGUCCGACUUCCUGACUGCUGCCGACACAGGAUGCUCCGAGGCAUUCUUCAUAAAGCUCAUGCUGGUCAAGUCGCGAACACGAGGAGCCCGCAUGCAGAGUGUGCGGUUGGAUGUUCCGUUUGUGGUGCAGUAUCUACAAAGACUCUUUGCAGUAAUGGAGCCAUCAGAAAAGAUUUGGUGCUUCUCCACUUCCCUUUUCCGCACCAGUUUGCAGAAGAUUCUCCGCGAAGUCGUAAGGAUGUACCUAGACUUCAAUGGAGAGGCGGCUUGCACGGAGUACAGGAUGGAGGCAGACCUGUCUUCUCAGGUCCAUAG